CUUAAAAAAAAAAGAAAAACUCAGAGUCCAACUGUUGCAAUUAUUGAAGAGGACUUUAACGAUAAUGAUGAUAAUGGAGAUGGAGAAAAAAAUCUAUAUCUUCCUGCUUCAUUCUUAGGAUCAAAAAAGUGGUGUUCUACUCGUGUUGCUAAUGCUUUAGCACUUGCUCGCUGUAAAGGAAAGCCAAGUUUCUUUAUAACAAUUACCACUAAUCCAAAUUGGAAAGAAAUCCGAUCAUUUCUAAGACCUGGACAAAACGCAUCGGAAUUGCCAACAAUUGUUGUACGUGCAUUUCACUCUCGCUUUGGAAAAUUAAAAGAUCUACUACGUGAACACUUCGGAAAAAUUGCUUAUAUAAUAGAUGUGAUAGAAUUCCAAAAACGUGGGCUUCCUCAUGCCCACGUUAUCAUGCGUGUGCACCCCGAACUUCCAGUUGAUCAAAUUGACAAAAUUAUAUCAGCGGAAAUUCCUCAUGAAAAUGCAUAUUUAAAUGAAAUAGUAAAAAAAUAUAUGCUUCAUAGACAACAACAUUCACCUCGCUGUCUUCGCAAUG